AAAAAAUUGUAGGUUAUAAAAAUAGAAAAGACGCUUCAACUAUUUUUACUUAAAUUAAGUGUUAUAACUAAAUUAUAAAAAUGAAAUUGGUUCGCUUUUUGAUGAAGCUAAGUCAUGAGACUGUGACAAUCGAAUUGAAAAACGGUAGCGUAGUCCACGGCACGAUUACCGGUGUCGAUGUUGCGAUGAACACGCAUCUAAAAGCUGUAAAAGUGACGCUCAAAAACAAAGAGGAGUUGCAGUUGGAGACUCUGAGUAUACGUGGUAAUAACAUAAGAUAUUACUUGCUACCCGACAGUUUGCCCUUAGAGACCCUGUUGAUUGACGAUGCUCCUAAAGGCAAGGGCAAGCGGGAAGGUUUCCCGAGGGGUGGCAGUAGGGGCGGCAGAGGAAGGGGCCGUGGAGGUCGCGGUGGGCCCAGAGGAGGACGCGGGGGCCGCGGAAGAGGCCGUCGAUAAACGAGAGAAAAGUUUCGUGAAAUGCAUUUUGUGAUUACUCAUACGUCUCAGUCAACCGAGUGUUUUUUCGUAAGCUACCGCUAGCUAUUCCAUCUUCAAAGUUAACUGUAAGUUUGUUAGAUCUAAGGUAACAUUAUAAUAUCUUAAUACAUUUGUAAAAA